AUGAUGAUCGAUAAUUGGGUUGAGAGGCAGAGCGUUCACAGCUCUAUGUUCACGAACUCGGCUUCCAGUUCUUCAGAGUCGAGCUCCGGAGCUGCAUUUUCGUCUUCGGAUCAAACAGAGUCGAGCUACAAAAGACGGUCGAAACAGAGUCCGGCAGUAGUGGUCUCUGUUCGCUCCGAGAAUAUGGAGAAGCCGAAAAGCGAGAGUGGAAGUGGAGGCGGGUUUACGAAGACGAAGCUUAGAGCUCUCAAAAUCUACGGCGAAUUGAAGAAAGCCAAGCAACCCAUUUCGCCGGGAGGAAAAAUUGCGAGCUUCAUCAACUCGAUUUUCAAUUCCGGGAACGUCAAGAAAGCCAAGAUGUGCUAUGUUGGAGCUGUAGAAGACGUGAGUACUUCAGAGCAUGUAACCAAGUCUACUUACUCUUCUUCUUCGGCUUCAACUUUUUCAAGGUCUUGUUUGAGCAAACCUUCUUCAAGGUCCAAGAAAUCGAGCAAUGGCAACAAAAGGUCCGUGAGGUUUUACCCAAUAAGUGUGAUUCUUGGUGAAGAUGACACUCAAAUUUCAAGCCAUAAAUGUGUUUAUGAACAAGAUCCUAGCUUGAUGCCAAAACCCACAUUUCAAAAAUUUGCAAGAACUCCAGGUCAAAAUUUCCGGAGAAGCUUAUGUGAAGAUGGUGAUGAUGAGGAAAGUGAUGCUGAGAGUUAUUCAAGUUCGGAUCUUUUCGAGCUCAAUCAACCAGUUGGGAUUGGUAGAUAUAGAGAAGAACUUCCGGUUUAUGAAACCACUAAUGUCAGAACCAAUCAAGCCAUUGCCAAAGGCUUGAUAUUGUAA